CCUAGAAAAUUUAGUGGAGGCGCCGCCGCUUCUCACUCUCACUUCUUCUCUGCAUCUCACCAUCACCAGCUGACGUCACUCGCCGACGUCUAUUUUCAUUGAAUUUACCUGUCUCGACUCGCAGUAGCCGUACUAGCAAAAGUCUCGCUGUCUUCUCUUCUCAUUUCCUGCUCUCCUACCAUCCACUCUUCAGCAAUCUCCGACUCUAGGUCGAUUGAUAGUCAAUGGCGGUUCCAUAUGCCAAUUACUUUCAACUUCCAAAAGUAAACCCAAAAGGCCACAUUUUUGGCUCGUCUAGUGGACUCAACACAAGGGCCUCUCCUGCGUAUUGUUGCCUCAGAACUUCCAGCCCGAUUUCACAUGUAGAAGCCAAGGUUGAUCCCUUGUUGGAUAGUGUCAAGUGGGACGACAAAGGUUUAGCAGUGGCAAUAGCUCAGAAUGUUGAUACUGGAGCGGUUUUAAUGCAAGGGUUUGUCAACAAAGAGGCUCUUUUGAAGACUAUUUCCUCCAAAAAGGCUACAUUCUAUAGCAGGUCACGAUCAACUUUAUGGACAAAGGGAGAGACCUCGAUGAAUUUCAUCAAUGUUUCUGAUGUCUUUUUAGAUUGUGACCGCGAUUCUAUCAUAUAUCUUGGUAAGCCUGAUGGACCAACUUGUCACACUGGGGCUGAGACAUGUUACUAUACUUCAGUGGAUAACAUCAUAAACGAUCCUCCGGUUGAUGGUAGUAAACUUGCAUUAACGACUCUAUAUGCAUUGGAAUCAACUAUAUCAAAACGAAAAGAAGAGUUAACAGAAAACCCAGACAGCAAACCUUCUUGGACCAAGCGGCUUUUGCUUGAUGAGAAGCUAUUGUGCUCAAAGAUCAGGGAAGAGGCGGAUGAGUUAUGCCGAACACUGGAGGAAAAUGAGGACCAAACUAGGACCGCCUCUGAAAUGGCAGAUGUGCUCUAUCAUGCAAUGGUGUUGCUGUCUGUGAAAGGAGUUCAGAUCGAAGACGUCCUUCAAGUCUUAAGACUAAGGUUUGCACAAUCAGGUGUUGAAGAAAAGAAGAGUCGAAAAUCAUCAUAGCUGGUUGAUAACUUGUGCUUCCUCGACCUUUUAUGCUAUCUGCUAAACUUGCAGUGAGCAGAGCAACUCAAAUCUCAUACAUACUGUGAUGGGACACUUAACUGUGUGCGUCUGCAGUUUGUAUAUCUGGAGCCGUUUUUGUGAUUGUAUUUGCUUCAACUCUGUAUGUUAUUAUCACGGCUGCUUCCGAUGAGAAAUACAAUAAAUUGGCUAAUAACAUUCAACCAUUUUUCGACU